GGAAAUAUAUACCGCGAGAAGAGUUACUAAGGUGUGUGUGACAUCUUUGAUUCAAAACAGCGUGUAGCUGACAUCCAUUAGUAUUGCACUAUCGACGCAGGUCACAAUUAAAAAGCACCAUGUCUGAGAGAAAAGCCGUCAUCAAGAAUGCUGACAUGAGCGAGGACAUGCAGCAGGACGCUGUAGACUGCGCCACAGCAGCCCUUGAGAAGUACAACAUUGAGAAGGACAUCGCUGCAUACAUCAAGAAGGAGUUCGACAAGAAGUACAACCCCACAUGGCAUUGUAUUGUCGGACGCAACUUUGGCAGCUACGUCACCCACGAGACCAAGCACUUCAUCUACUUCUAUCUGGGACAGGUGGCCGUUCUCCUCUUCAAAUCAGGGUGACCCCUGUCUCCUACGAACUUCCAUGAUUACAAACUCAAUAUUAUGUCUUCUGCCAUCUCCAUCCUGUAUGCAAUCAACUCAGACUCAGAAAGCAGUACUUUUGAACUCAUCAGAAGAGUACAUUAUUUGAAUUUUAAACUGUUCGAAUUAUUCAGUUGGUUUGGAGAGUCUACAAUCUGGCAGAUCAAAAUACUGUGGUUAUGCAGUCAGAAUAUUGAAUGAAGUAUUUUCAUGUUCUGAGCGGAAGCUUCGAGAUAUACACAGAGAACAACGUUUACCCGUUACUUAUGCUUUUGGUCAUACUAACACCCUGUUUGGUUCACAUAUCAAAUGUCCAUUUGCAAGGAUUCGGAUUAUUUGGGUAUUCAACAGUUUGAUAUGUGCAUACAUUGUUGUCCGAGUCAGUCCGUGUUGAUACUAGAACAUUUGGAGUACAUUUGAAUAUAUUUCAGAUUUUAAUUGUCUCUUGUUUGUUAUUUAUCUAUUUGCAAUGUGUGGACCAAUAAACAUUGCGUCAUUAA